AUGAAGCUGCACCUGUCAUCAGUCCUGCCGAUGGCCGCGGUCACCUUGGCCGUAGCGCAGCAAACCUUCUCAAACCCGGUCCUGUGGCAGGACUUGGCCGACCUCGAGGUCAUCCGCGUCAACGACACGUACUACUACACGGCUUCGACGAUGCACUACUCCCCCGGCGCUCCUGUGCUGAAGAGCUACAACCUCGUCGACUGGGAGUUUGUCGGGAACUCGGUCCCCGAACUCAUCUUCGGAGACGAGUAUUACCUGAACGGCACGUCGCGCGCCUACGUCGGUGGUAUCUGGGCAAGCAGUCUGCAGUACCGCGAGAGCAACGGCCUCUUCUACUGGUAUGGCUGCAUCCAGUCCGGAGAGAUGAAGACCUGGAUCUUCACGGCUAGCGACCCGGCCGGGCCAUGGACUGCGCAGCCGCCCAUCGACGAGUGUUUCUAUGACUUGGGAGUGUUGGUCGACGACGACGACACCAUGUACGUGGCAUAUGGGAGGUACAACAUCAGCGUUGCCCAGCUUUCUCCCGACGGACUGAAGCCGGUCAGGAACGAGGUUGUUUGGGUUGACCCCGUACGAUAUCUGGAAGGCGCCCGCUUCUAUCACAUCGGCUCAAGCUACUACAUCUGGCUGACGAAGCCCGCCGACGGCCAACAUGUGCUGAAGGCAGACAGCCCGUGGGGGCCGUACACCGACCGCACAGUCCUCGACAGGAUGGCCUCGCCGAUUCCCCACUCGGGGACGCCGCACCAAGGCGGCAUCGUGGACACCCCCGACGGCGACUGGUGGUACAUGUCCUUCCUGGACGCGUAUCCCAGCGGCCGCAUCCCGGUCCUCGCGCCGCUGACCUGGGACGAGGAGGGAUGGCCGCACAUCGUGACGGACGAGGCCGGCGGCUGGGGCAAGACGUACCCGAUGCCCGUCCAGACCGACAAGACGGUCGACGCCGCCGGCGAGUACACGGACAGCUUCGCCGGCCCCGGGCUCUCCCCCGAGUGGGCGUUCAACCACAACCCCGACAACUCGGCCUGGGAGCUGGGCGCCGGCGGCCUGACGCUCCGCACGGCGACCGUCACCGACGACCUCUACAGCGCGCGCAACACCCUCGCCCACCGCAUCCUGGGCCCGAAGAGCAGCGGCACGUUCCGCCUGAACGUCGGCAACAUGGCGGACGGCGACGUGGCCGGCGUCUCCAUCUUCCGCGACGAGUCGGCCUACAUCGGUCUCCGCAAGGAGGGCGGCUCCCUGAAGCUCGUUGCCGUCCACGACGUCCUCGCGCCCGAGAGCGCCGGCUGGCAAACCACCUCCAACGGCACCGUCGUGGCCACGGCGAGCGGGUGCAGCAUCGACCUGUCCGGGGCCGCUGACGGGACCUCGGACAUCUACCUGCGCAUCGUCGCGGACCUGCACCCGACCUUCGGCGUCGAGGCGCACAACCCGGCCCAGCUGCUCUACUCCACCGACGGAGAGAACUUCACGCAGCUGGGGCCCGAUUAUUGGUGCCACAACAGAUGGCAGUACUUCUUGGCGUUCCGCUUCGCCGUCUUCAACUAUGCUACCAAGUCCCUGGGCGGUUCGGUCCUUGUGAAGGAGUUUACGCUCGAGUUGGUCGAGUAG